CCCCGCCUGCUUUACAUUACAUGAAUUGGAAUUUGGAAAGUGGAAUGGCGUACGUGAUCUAACCAAAUGAACAUCUCGUCUAGUUCGGUUUGCAAUCUCUGUGGUCUUGGCGAGCACCUCUACAGGUGCGUUAGGUGUCGAGCAGCAGUUUAUUGUUCGAAAGAGCAUCAAAGACAGGACUGGAAAGUGCACAAAUUAGUGUGUGCUUCGGCUGUCAGUAAGGAGAAGGCCAACGACAUAGUGAAUAGCGAUGACAAGAAAAAAUCGUCGACGAUUGAAAGUGGAGAAAACUGGUCGAUUGUUUCCAAGUUAAACGUAAAUUGUGACGAAAAUAGCUCUACUAAGAAGUUGUCGUUGUCUGACGUAGCAGCCUGCAGUAUGCCAGUGGCUUCUGGUACAUCUCAGUGUAUUUCAUUGAAGAAAGAGAUUAACCAGGAAAAGGAGUCAGAGUUAAAUCAGAUAUGUAGCAGCAGUAGUCAACAAUACUCUAUAGAAGACCCAAAAGAUAUAUUAGGGAAACCUGAAAACCCUUAUCCAAAAAACAAAAACUUGGAAAAAACUAUAUUUGAUAUGGGAUCUGUCACUUUGGAACCAGAGUGCAGUCUUACCCCUGAAACACAGUGGCAGUCACCUCAUGAAAAUAGCUCCCACCAACAAUCAGAAAAUCCUCCGUUUCUUCACCGUUCGUCAAACAUAAAUUUAUCAUGCAAAGAACAAUUACAAGGUAUUUCCGUGGAGUGGAUGUCGCAAAUAUGUCAGUAUGUGGUUCGCGAUCUAGAAAAGUAUGGUAUCUGUGUUGUUGAUAAUUUCAUGGGUAAAGAUCGCGCCGAAGCAAUCUAUCGUUCGGUCGUAUCCAUGUAUAGUUCUGGGGUCUUUGUGGAAGGUGAAACAGUAAGCUCUAGUCUUGAUACCUCGAAAAAGGUCCGUAGUGAUAAAAUUACUUGGGUUGAUGGAUCAGAAAAUAAUUGUGUCAAUAUCGCACACCUGAUAUCUACAGUUGACACAAUCAUCAUGAAUUCGAUCCGAAUGAAAGGAAAUGGUCAGCUGGGGCAGCGGACAAUUGGAGGAAGAACGAAGGCGAUGAUUGCGUGUUAUCCAGGCAGUGGCGCUCACUACGUGAAACACGUCGACAAUCCUAACCGUGAUGGUCGAUGUAUUACUACAACUUACUAUUGCAACAAGGAUUGGGACGCGAAGACUACUGGUGGUUUGCUGCGAAUUUUCCCCCAAGGUUGGGCUAACCAAGUAGUGGACAUAGAACCAAUCCUUGAUCGGAUGGUUUUCUUCUGGUCAGACCGUCGCAAUCCUCACGAAGUCCAACCAGCCUUUCGCACCCGAUAUGCCAUAACUGUCUGGUAUUUUGAUGCAAAAGAAAGAGAAGAAGCCAGAAUACGAUUUAAUCGGGAAUGUAAGUUAUCCAUAUCAUCCAACGUUUCCCAGUGAUUCAUGUUGCAUUACUUUUAAGGCGCUGUAAGAAAAAAUGAAACCAAGUGAAUGAAUGAAAUUGCUUGCAAUGAUUUGCCGCCUUGAUCAAGAGUAUAUACGUCAACAUAAACGAUGAAAUCUGGUUUAACGUCAUGUUAAAUGGAUUCUCCUUGUCACUAUACGGAGGUGCGAGGCUCGUGUACAGCCAUUUUCCCCCCUUACAUAUUAAGCCCUUGUUUUUAAACUUAAUAAAAAAAAAUCGAGAAUUAUUCGUUUUGGUCGUCAAUUACAUUGUAAAGGUGAAUUAUUUACUUGGUUCCAAUAUUACAAUCAUCAGUUGAAUUUC